AUGCAGAUUCAGCUAAUUCCGCUGACGAUAUACGUAAGUAUAACUGCACUAGAUGCGGUGUGGUGGAUUGAUGUUGCAUGGAAGGCGGUAACUGAAUCAACAAUUCAAAAUACUUUCAAAGCAGCUGGCUUUUCAACUUCUAGUUCGUCUUUCUGUACAUUAUCGACAACGACAACGAACAAUAAAGAUGCUGCAUCAGGUGAUACAAGCUUGAUUGAACUCAACAAAAUCCUACGACAUGUUAAUAUUGGAAUCGAUACGAUGUGUGCAGCAGAUUUUGUGAGUAUUGAUGAUGACACACCAGCUUUUAAUGUUUGGAGUGAUGGUGCUGAGAAAGUGUUAGUUUCUGAUGGGCUUUCAAAUGGUGCGUCGUUUACGCCUAUUCACUACAGCUAA